AUGGCCUCGCGCAUUGUCCCCAACGUCCUAGAUCCGCUCAGUUCAUCCGCGCUGAACAAACUCCACGAACCGACCCCUCCACCUAUAAAGAAGAGGAAAAGAGACGAUCAAGUACUGCUAGAUGAUACUUCUAGACGGCUUGCUACCUCUUCCAUCGUCAUUAGAGCUCACUCGGCGUCUUUAUCUGAUGAACCCUUGAUCCUCGAACCAAUUACGGCCCUCCCCCGCACAAGGCUGCCCCUCUCGUGGCUCGACGAUACGCCUGCAUCCCGAUCCGACGAUCAAUCCGGCGGCCUUUUCACCGCGGACAUCCCCUCGUUAGAAAUUGACUUGUGCGUAAAGACGGAACCGAUCGUCCUCGCAGUGCGCCUAGUGCCCAAUGGUGGCCUGUACAUUAUUGAGAGGGUGAAGAGAGGAAUAUACUCGCUCUCCAAGCUCGCCCGAUGGGUGCACGAGGGCAAUCUAGUUGUUGCGGCCAAGGGAUGGCAUGGAACUGAUGCUGCGGAUAUAGAUAGCGUUGCUGUCGAUGAGACCGGGGCUAUUCCCGAUGGGUUUGACUGGUGGCAGGCUGCUCAGAUCGAUGAGCCCUUCUCCGACGAUGAGGUGAGUGAAAGGUCUGCUGGGCUGGAUAUUGCGGUUGUCUUUGGUCCGUCUGAGUCGGACCUCGGGGAUACCGAGGCAUCCUUUGUGGGUGAUGGAGAGCACCGGAGCCAUUCGCUUGCUCCGUCGAGGAGUUUUGAUGCCGUUGAAGGGGGCUCUUUCUUGCUUCCUGAACCUCAGGGCUUGGGGGAUUUACCUGCGGCUAUGGAUGCUGAUGGUGUCGAUUCCAAUGUUGUGGAUGUGCAACAGUCGCCUGAGGAGUGGCUGGACGGGAUGAGAGAGCACUAUCUGCAGGCUCUCUACGUUUCAAAGACUUCUGUGGCGUACUUUGCGAAGGGCCCGUUAACACGCUGUCGGACUGCUUUCCAGGCUCGUGACUUGGAACAGCCUCAUGGCUCGACGGAGUUGAUCGAAUCCUAUCGCGAGGCUAUCCUCGCUACGAAGAAAAUGGACCUCAAAUACAGAGAAACAUUGCCCCUGGCAAUUCGCGAUGCAGCUCUUGCGCUUUCUGAUGAUGGCGCAAAAUCUAAGAAGCGGAAAAGUAAGAAAAAGAAGAUGGGGAAGAAUGGCCUUUACCCAGGGGAGGAAGGAUUCAUCCACAAGUGGUGGAAGGACAGAAUCUUGAAUGAAUAUCCUGCACAGGAAACGUCGCGUGAAGCAGAGUCUAAGAAACAGAUUUCGGAUCUCCGCCUCCGCGAGACACAAUUGCAGAUCCUGCUGAUUUUGGAAGUCAUGGGGUUGGAAAUCACCAUUGCUUCCAGCACUAACAAGGAGAAAGAUGUAAAUGGGGCGCAAGAUACGCCGAAGAAAGCCAAGCCUAAGAAGCCAACGGAUUUGAACAUGCUUCUUGAACUCCAUCUCGAUCGGAUGUGUAUUUGGCACGCUGUGACAAUGGAAGAAACAUCGGCCGCCGAUACAGCAAAGGCUUCUUCUUUCAGUAGCAACCAUCUUUCAGGCAAGAAAGUCGAGAGCGAUGCGGUGCGUGACUUCUGCACAGAAGUCAUCAUUCCAUUCUAUGCUGCGCGUCUCCCGGACAAAUGCAAGCUGAUCACCCGCAAAUUCGGGGUAUCCGGCAGUAUUUCCUCGGCUGCUAAAAAGACACAAUCUUCGAGUAAAUCACGCCGUGUGGAACCCGGGGGGGAAGUCAAGCGACAACAGCCUGCACCGAAGCCCCGACGGACAUUACAGCGAGUACUUACGGACGAUAAAGCGGCAGCGUCCUAUGCUCGGCACCCAGGACUGACUCGAUCCAACACUGCGCCGACCCAGCAUAAUGCGAAGCACGAUAUUGAACCCUUGCUGCCCACUGUUCUCAGCGGCAGUGUCCGGGGUGGCAUUCAGAAAGCAAAACGCACCGAAAACCGCGAGGUUGAUCUUAACGCCGUAGCACGACAGCAUGAGACUAAAUUGAGAAAGGUCCAAAUGCUGGCCAACCAGAAGAAAGAGCUGGAUGCUGCUAUUAACGCACUUCGGAAGCCGAACAGAGAGCUCGUCUCCAAGGAUCUGGCAGACGAUGCGUCGAAACGGGUUGUAAGUGGCAGCGGUUCAAGGAAGUCAAGAAAUCCCGUGCGCAAUCCGUUCGGCGAAGGUGUACAGGUCAUGGCGACUCCUCGAGGCAAUCGAAGGAAGGACGCGGGGGUCGGGCUACCUCGUAGCCUGGCUCCAUCCCGGUCAUUUGCUGGUGUGGAAAAUUCUCCUUUCGAGUCUCCCACCAUGAUCCCGUCCUCGAGUCGACGGGCGAUCUCAUUCUCUGGCGCUGACUCCGAUCCUUUCAAUUCUCAUGACAAUCCACGAUCAAGUCAUCUGGACGGAGCUAUUCAAGAAACUCCAACUAGGCCAUCUUCCAAACUUUUCCAGAGUGAUAGCAUAACUGCGCGUCGCCCAUCAUCCUCCUCCGGCAAGGGCCUUUUCAGGGUACCCAACCUUCCAGCGCCUCGCUCAUCUACACAACCAAUAGUCCCAGGUUCCCCCAACCAUUCACGCCCUAAGGACAUGUCCGCAUUCAUAGAAAACUUGUCGACAUCAUCUCGACAAUUCAGCCAGUCUCUCAAUCAUGCUCGCACCUCGGCAAUCAUGGAGACGCCACCCAAAAGACAGGCACCGCAGAGUAUAUCUACUCCCACCGCUGUGCCGUUUUCUCUAUCGCUUGAUGCCAUGGUCGCCGAGAGUCCUCGCGCUCACUCCCCACCUGCGGUCAUGGGAACCCCCGUCAAAGGUGCUGCAGUUGUGCCAGUAACUCCCGAGAAAUCCCAAUCCAAAUCGAUAUACGCGCAGCUGGGCUGGGAUGACGAGAUGGAAUUCUAA